AUGAGGCCACAUCAACCACACCUUUUAUACCACAUGAGGCCACAUCACCACACGGCCACAUCCCACCACUUUUACCACAUCGAGGCCACAUCACCCACACCUUUUCACCACAUGAGGCCACACAUCACCACACCUUUUCACCACAUGAGGCCACACCACACGAGGGCAACAUCACCACACCUUUUUUUCACACAUGAGGCCCACAUCACCACACCUGAGGCCACAAUCACCACACCUUUAUACCGCAUGAGGCCACAUAACCACACGAGGCCACAUCACUACAAACCUUUUCACCACAUGAGGCCACAUCACCACACCUUUUCACCACAUGAGGCCACAUCACCACACGAGGCCACAUCACCACACCUUUUCACCACAUGA